UUGGUGGACUUUACACCGAUCGUUUCUUGAGCCCCUUCUGCUUCCCUAUUGGUCAAGUGAGAAAUCGCUCGGAGAAGGAGCCACAGCUGAUUGGUUAUUCUGCCCAGCUACGCGCUGCGCCGGGAGCUGAUUGGUCGAGGGUUGGCGGUGCGCUCAUUGAUCACGCGCAGAGCUGCGGGGCUGUAGUUGAGACGGUUAGGGCUUGGGGCGAAGUGUUGUCGGCUUCGGUCAUGGGGCGUCGUGCCGUGAGCCAGCUCGUAAUCUUCCUCCUUUCAGGAUUUUUGCUGGCUGAAGCAGUGAAGAUUGAAGUCCAUGACAAGGAUAAUAAAACCUGUAUAUAUGCUUUUCUAUCAGUCAACUUCACUGUCCGUUAUGAAGGAAAUGAAACAAUGGAAAAUGCGACAUUUCUACUGCCUAAUUCAUUAUCAUCAAACGGAAGUGUCUGUGGUGGAAAUAAUUCGGCUCCUUUGUUAAAAUUGGACUUUGGACCUGGUCAUUCUUUGAGUUUAAAUUUCUCCCAUUCUGCUGGAGCAUUUAGAGGAGAUGUGUUGACUUUCACAUACAACACCAGUGAUGCUACACUGUUUCCUGGAGCAAAAAACAAAAAUGUAAACAAAGUUUCUGUGGAUUCCCUAAUGGAAAAGGCACCACUCAACACAAUUUACACAUGUAGAAGUGCUAAAGCUUUUGCAAAAAAAGACGUAAUCAUGGUUUUUUAUGAUGUUGGUAUUCAAGCCUUUGUGGAGAAUGGAACAAUUAGCAAAAAUGAAUCUAUCUGUAAGGCGGAUAUUCCUACUACUACGCCACCUCUCACAACAUGGACAACCUCAACCAUGACCCCAACUACGUUACCACCAUCACUGCCAACAGUGGGCAACUACGCCCUCAAAAAUGGCAGUAUUAUUUGUCUCCUUGCCAAUAUGGCCCUACAGCUGAAUCUUACCUAUACAGAUGAUAACCAGACACAAGUGAUUAAUGUUGAUUCGAAUUCUACAGCAAGUGGGCACUGUGGGGAACAAGAUGCUGCUCUUCUGCUUGAAGAUAAAAACACAACAAUUCUAUUUCAUUUUAUUGUGGAGCAAUCAAAGUUCUUCUUAAAGGAGGUGAAAGCUAAUACAAGCCUGGUUGUAAAUGGUUCAACAAUCUCACUUCACUAUAGCAAUAGUAGCCUGAGAUACUGGCAGGCAUCUGUUGGAAGUUCAUACAUGUGCCAAAGGGAGCAGAGGCUGAGGGUGACCGACCAGUUGGUUAUUAAUGCAUUUAAAGUGUGGAUCCAGCCAUUUGACUUGAAGUCUGGAGUAUUCUCCAGAGCUGAAGAAUGUUCUCUGGAUGAUGACAGCAUUCUUAUUCCUAUUAUAGUUGGUGCCUCUCUAGCUGUCUUAAUUGUAAUUGUUAUAAUUGCUUAUAUGGUUGGUAGAAGAAAAAGCUAUGCUGGAUACCAGACGCUCUAGAUUUGGUCAGUCAUUUAAUUAGUGAUAUAAUUACAUGAUUGCUAUUCCGUAGGUGGAAGUCCUUGCCUCUCAACUUUAAAAUUGCACUAGGCCUUUGCCAAGUCUUUGGGGCUGAUGAACUUGUACCUAUACUUUCUGGAGAUGAAAUGUUGAAAGCACAUUGCUGGCAUUGAAGGCUGAAACUUUGCUUUAGACUUCAUGGCAUUACUCCAAGGAAAUGAGUUUAGUCUAAUAAGUCUGUCUUGGUAUCUGACUUCUCUGAUUAACGCUUUUGAAUGACUAAUAUUUGCCAGCAAUGGUUCUAACAUUUCUUCCAAUUUAAAGAAUAAAAUUGAAUGUUGUACAAUCAAUCCUAAUUUAGCUUGUUUGGGUGUAUUGUGGAAAAUGUAUAAAUGUUAAUAAUGUCUGUGUAUAUAAGUUUGAAUUUAGCAAAAAAAUAAAUUUUAAAGAUGUUUGCUAGGUGCCUUGAAUUGUAGAAACUUUUCCAAGUUUGUAAUGUCUGUCCUAAUUGGCAUGUGCAAAUAUUAUCUAAUGUUAACCACUGACCUCUAAUUUUGCAACCUGGAGCUUUUUCACUGCACACUAAACACAGUGAAAUUGUGAACAUUUUGGCUUUCAUCUUGGUAUUGUAGCUUAGAUAAAGUGCAACCUUUUCCUGUAGUACAUUUUUAUGUGAAAUUCAACUUGCAUUUAUAAUAAAGAAUCCUCAUGAAGUUUGUACAGUUUUAUUUUGGGCUGAGAUCAAGUAAUUUUUACACUUUUUAAUAGGAAGCAACAUCUAGGCAGCCUGAGCAUUUGGGGACAUUUAAAUUUUUUUCUGUUCAUUUUAUGGAAAUGUAAAGGCAUAUCACUCAACAACAAAUUAUUAAACAUAUUAUUCACCAUUUUAAUUUCAAAAUGCCAUUCUGGAUUUCUUGUGCAUCACUAGUAGUCAUUAAUUUUCUUGAAUGAAGGUGAUUACUGCAUCUACUUCAGUCAUGAAUCCAUUUGAUGCAUAUGACCACCUGUAAUUGUGGAAUUGCUGAGCAAUGGAACUCGGUAGCUGUAUUAAGCUCCACUGUUCAGCUAACUUUAAUCAUUUCCAUCAGAGAUUAAAUGUACUUCUGGUUUGUCUUUUACAAAUUUGUUAUUGUUUUGUAAGCUUGUAGAAAUUUGCAUUGCUUUAGAUUAGCAAAUGGCACAAUGAGCAAAUAUCCAUGUGUAGUCUGUUUCCUUGACUUGUAUAAUCUAAUUGACAUGUACAAGGAAUUUUUGAAGCUGUUUGCUUCUUGCUUUCAGAAAUAUAAUGUCAAACUAACCUAUCUUGAAGUUACUAAAUGUGUUUUGUUGCAUUAAGCCUUAAUAUUCAGGUUGAAUUUGGAUUAGGAUAAAAUCCUGAACAACUUGGUUUAUGGGCUUUUGCAGUUUCUUAUGAUUUUAAAUAAGCAGCACAAAUCAAUUAAAAAUUCCAUUAGUGAGAUUGGGGGUGCACUGGAAACUUUGGUCCCUCCUAGCUCUAUCCAGAAUACAUUUUGACCUUGAAGACAAUGAGUCUUUAACAAGCAGAAGAUAAAAUUAAUGCUUUGAGGCUUCAAAUUAAAUAAUUGGAUUACUCUACAGUCUUUAUUUCAAAUCUUGAUAGCUAUCUUCAGUCUACUUGAUUUUGAGUGAUUAUUUUUGAAAUAAUUGUGGUCCCCAAUUUUUGGUCUUGAGUCUACAGCUUUGUGUAAAUCCUAAAUUGUUCUCAGUGUAUCUUGAUGGAGAUGGAACAGCUAGGUUCCUACUGUUUCCAGUGUUAAUGAUUUUAAAUUUGCAUGCUUCAAAGAUUUUGUACUGGUUUCGUGAUUGUUAUUUUCCAUUUGCAAUCAGGUUACAACCUAACAUGCAAUUGAAUAACAUGGGCAGCAAUUUCCAUCUAGCUUGGUUUGUUCAUUAAUAUUAGCCAUAAAGUUUAUGUGGAUGUUCAUGACUAUGAAAUUGAAGUUGUAUUUAUAAAUGACAUUUCAGAGUUUGCACUACUAUGUCCCUUCAAACUAACAAAUUUACACAGCUGAAGAACGUCCUCAUUCUGAGGAUUUCUUGUGUAAUUGCUUUUGAAACUGCAUUAUGCCUGUUAAUUGUCAUUGGCUAAUUCCUGAAUUAUAUACAACAAAUCAGUGCAUCUAACCCUUUCUGUUUGCUCCAUUACUUUCUGUACAAGGUUUCCAGUUUGUGGUCAGAGACAAAGGCAUUAAGUUAACUUGUUUGUAUUUAUUUUAUUUCUGCAACAUAAGGGAAUAAAAGUCUUUGCAUCUUUUGCAACGUACAAGCAAUAAGAAUGUGAAAUUUGAGGAUAUUGCUCAAAUACUAAAAUUGUAUACAUGUACAGUCAGAUACACAAUCUGAUCGAUGUAUUCAUAAAUCUGAUGGCCUGGUGAAAGAAGCUGUCCUGGAGCCUGUGGUCCUAGCCUUAAUGCUGCAAUACUGUUAGCAAAACGGUAGCAGCUGAAAGAGUUUGUGGUUGGAGUGGCUGGAGUCCCUGAUGAUCCUUCGGGCCCUUUUUAAUCCCAUUGCUGUGAAUGUACUGAAUAGAGGAAAGUUCAUAUCCACAGACACGCUGGGCUGUCCAUCCCACGCCGCUCUGCGUUGGAGGGUAGUACAAUUCCCGUAUGGGGCGAUGACACAGCCAGUCAGGAUGCUCUCGAUGAUGCUCCUGUAGAAAGUAGUGAGGAGUUGGGGAAUCGUGCCAAACUUCAGCUGUCUGAAUGAUAGCAAUUUAUAUAUGAUCCAUUUAUUUAACAAUGCUUUUGGUCAAUAGUGAUGUUCACAAUGUAGGUUCAAGUUAUUCAGUAUCAUUUACUACUUGGUACUCUAUAUUUUGGGAUGCAGAAACUGGCUUUGUAUGCGAUUGGCACUGAGCAAUAAACUGAAAAUCAAAAUGUCA